GGCAGGAAUUAAUGAGCUGCAGAAACAUUAUUGGGGAGCUGAAACUAUUUCUUGACAAAUAUGGGAUUGAUAUACUGAUUCUUUUGGCAAGUUAUACAACAGAGGAACAGAUGGCAGUGCAACAAAUAGCUGUGCACUCAGAGAACCCGGAACUGUGCAAUCAAGUCUGUUGUGAAUUAGAAGAAUGUCAGAAUCCAUUCCUUGAUCUAGAGCCUUCAGAUUAUGGAUGUGAGCAAUUUCUAGUAUAUCACCAAGAAAAUUCUUCAGUCACUUGUGAGCAAGUUGCUGCAGUUAUUAAAGAAGCUAUUAACAGGAGACGACUAGGAAUGAUGCCAAAUAGUAGGACUUCAUCAACUGAAGCUGUUGCUGGUAGUGCCCCCCUUUCACAAGGAUCUUCUGGCAUCAUGGAAUUGUAUGGUUCUGACUUAGACCCUCAGCCUAACCCUGUAAACUUUGUGGACAAUGUUCAAGAUGGAAAUGCUCAAGAUAUAAAUGCACAAGCCCAGGUUGAUGUUAACGUGGAUCUUGUUAGUCCAGAUAGUGGUUUAGCUACUAUAAGAAGCAGCCGGUCUUCAAAGGAAAGUUCAGUUUUUCUAAGUGAUGAUAGUCCUGUAGCAGAUGCUGCUGGAUCUCAUCACAAUUUUCUUCCAGGGAUUGAUAACUAUAGUCGUGUUCCAGAAGGAGUGAUAGUAGAGGAGGAAACACCACCAUCCAGGACCAACAGUGAUAAUGCUGAACUCUUUAACUUUGAUUUGUUACCAAAUACUCGUUCUGAAUCUUCUUCUCAUUCUGCUGACUAUUCUAUGGCGGAUGACUUUUUUUUCCAGAGUGACUCAUCUGAAGGACAACAAGUUCAAAAGCAACAGCUGUACAGGAAUGAUAUAGCUCAUUGUUCAACUAAUUUACUCAAUACAAAAGUGCCAAAUAUUAGUUUGGUUGAUUUUGAUGAUGCAUUUAUGCAUAGUCCUGAAAACCAUGAGGACCUAUGUGAAAAAACUCCAAGUGCAAGUGACAUUACUGAAUUUGAAUCAAGCUUAUCAUCUGAAAUCUUAGGCAGUGCUGAUGUUAAAGUCCCACCAACACCAAUGAAUAGUUUAGUUGAAAGUUCUCCCUUAGAUAAUGGUCCUCCAACAUUUUUUCCCGAAGACGUGGUGCAGAAAAUUAAUGAAAUCGGAUUCAGUGUAUCUGAAACUCAGGCAUACUGGUGGAAUGAAAGUGAGAAUAUUGAUGCAAAUACAGCUCCCAUGAAUGCUGAUGCAUGGAGUUCUAGUAAUCAAUCAGUGCUUCACAGACCAGAGUCCUGGAAAGAGCAAAUAUCAGGGCAAGACAAUGCUAACGCCAGACAUGCACCUUCAUUUCAAGUACCAUGCCCUGGUUUACAUAAUGACAAUUCAGGCAAUCAUGAUAAAAACACAAGACAAGAGAAUAUAUUAAUUCCAGAUUUAUGGAACUUCAACAACCCACUGCAGGGCAAAUCAGAUCCAUUCUCUGGCACUUCAGAUAAAGAUGAAUUUGGAGACUAUGUGAAAAAAUCUGAAGACAAAUUAUGUGCAUUCAAAGAAGACAGCAAAACAAAAUAUUUUGCUAAAAGAAAGGCUAAAAGCAAUAUAGAUACUGAUAUUUCUUUUGAAAAUACUGCUGAACUACAUGAAGAAAGCAGAUAUAGUCAAGAGUUUCUAGAUGAAAGUCAAUUUAUGCUACAGCAAAGAAGUACUGAGGAUCUAGGGGUGGAUGCAAAAACCCUACUCCCUGGACACAUAGAACGAAAUCUAGGCAUGUGGGAUUUUCUUGAUGCAGGACAAGACACAAACAUUGUUGACCAUCAUAUAAAUUGGGAGGAUCCCUUCUUGUCUUGUGGUCCUUACAGGUGUUUGGAUUUUACUGCAUCUUAUAAAGGCAAAGACUGCAUUGUUUCCCCACCAGAUACCAAUUACUCAACAUCAGAAUCAAACUUAUCUCCAGCAUCUGAGGAUGAUAUGAAGGAGCCUGAAAAAUCAGAUGAUCAAGAAAAACAUCUUCUAAAUGAAGGACACCAAAGCUCAAAUGACCUAAAUAUUCUGAAUAAUAGAGAACUGGCCUCAAAUAACAGGCAUGCAGUUUCAGAAAACAAAAAUGUUAGAAAUCAUAGUGAUGUGUCUAUACAGAUGAUGCCUAAAAGGUCAUGCUUUGGAAAUUAUCUACACAGUGAUUAUCUAGAUAAUGCAAUCCAUAGUUCUACACCCUCCAAAUCAAAGAACAAUGAACCAAAUUAUGAAAUGAACAACCAUAAGCAUGAUUUGUCUAUUCUAAGCCCAAAUCGAAGCACACUGUUAGAAGCAAGUAGUCACAACUUACUUAGCAAAGAAGAAGCUGCAUGCUUCAAUUCUGAAAGAGCUCACAAAGUUCCAGACAGUUUUUUGCCUCUUCCAAUACAUAAUAACACUGUGUUUAACAUCUUGCCACAGCAAGGCCAAAGUGAAAUUAAUGAAUGUACUAGGAACUCUUAUCCUUCAAAUGAAGUCCCCAAUGAGGCUCAUGGGAAAGGUCAGGGGCAAUCUACAUUAGAAAUAAUGAAUAAACAUGAUAACAAAGUCAAAUCAGGACAAGAUCACCAUUUACCAAUCUCAAAGCCACAGCAUAACCCUUUUUAUGAAUCACUUUCUCCUGAUAUAAAAGACAAGGUUCUAAACCCACUUGAAAACUCUGGUAAAUGUCAGGAUAUUUGUGUAUUACAAGAAAAGGGAGGAGAGCUUGGAAGUGCUGGUUAUACAAAUCAAGAUAACUGGGAAAAUGAUUUACAAGAGGAUACAGAAUCUUCUUCUUUAGAUUCACCUGAUGAUUUAGAAAGCUCUGAUUCUAGCUAUUUAAGAAGCUGGAAUCUGUUAGUAAAAUCUCCUGUGCUAAAGGAUGAUCUUCGAAUACCUGGUCAGUUAUCAUCUGUACACGAGCAAGACGAUUAUGAAAUCAAAUCUCCUGGUGUAAAGAGCAAGAGUUAUAAUGAAAAGUCAAUUUUAUUAAGUCCAGAGGGAAAGGUAAAUGAUAUGAAUGAUGCCCAGAUCUCUUCUGAGAAUGAUCAUUUGACUUUAAAUAAAGUCAAAUCAAAAGAAAAUGUUUUCCUUAACGAUAUUGCUAUUACAAAGAAAACAGAUAUAAGCCACAGUGAACAGGAAGGGUCUGUAAUACAAGGUGAAGGCAGUACAGACAAGUGGAAUAAAACAAAACUUUGCAGUUAUGAAUCAGCAGGAAUAAAUUCAGAAUUAUUCCCCCAUAUGUCAAAUGUAUAUGUGAAAAAAAAAAUAAACAUUUAUGCCUACAAUGAAGAAGAUGUACAGAGUAACUCAUCACUUUCCGGUGAAACAAGUCCUGAUUUGGAUUUUAGCUGGAAUAGAUUAGAAGAAAAAGGUUAUAAUUCCACUUCAAGUGUUUAUGGAUCAGGGUCAAAAAACAAUCAACCGUUUAGCUUUAUUCAAAAUGAAAGUGCUAAUAAUAAAUGCCUUAAUCCCCAAGGAAAGGUUCAGCUCAACACUGUAAAUAAAGUCCCUAUGAAUUUGGAUAUUUGGAAUACACAGAUAUGUGAGGAUUCUGAGUCUUCAUCAAGCCCUGAAGGAAAUGAAACCAGGAAUCAUUCAAACUCAUCUGACGAGAAAGCCUUGAAUUAUUACCAGAAUAUACACACCUCAUUGGACAAUGCAGAUUCUAAUUCUACUACUCCAUUUACAGAUGAAGAAAGUCCGGAAAUAGAAGAUAUACUGGGCAGUUUUGGUUUUAUCCAAGAUGGGUGUGUUAAUAAUGUAAUGAAAGAAGAGAAAGAACAAAAAGUUAGUCUAACUAAGAGCAACUGUAAAGCUGCAUGUGAAGAAGGCAUGUUAAACCAAGACUGUCUUCAGCAUGUUCAAGGUUCCCCAGAGGAUAGGUCACAGUCAUAUGAAAAUGCUCAUCAAGAUCAUGAUAAACAUUAUAGGGAAAUCUUCAUAAAAGAGGAAACUUUCCAUUUAGGAGCUGAUACCAAAGAUGCCUUUACUAGAGGAAGCCAGUCAGCUGAAACAUUAGAUUUGGGGCAUACUCAUAAUAAAGUACAAAGCCCAGAGGACACUUAUUUUACUAUUUCACCCCAACUGAGCCAUUCUUACCAUGAAAAUGGGGACGACAAACGAAAAGAAUGCAGUGAUGUUGUGGGGACAUGUAGUUCUUUAAAUGUUUCACCACUCUCUCUCUGUUACGAAGACAACUAUUCUAACACAGAGAACUAUGAAGAGGACUCUUCUGUAAAAAGACAAUCAUUGAACAACCUGAAAACAAACCCUAGACAAACUAAGUCAACCAACUCUGCUCCUUUAAUAAGCCCCAUGGACAACAUAAACGUAAAAGAGUUUAAACCAGUGUCAUGCCAUGAUAAAAGUUUCAAUAAAACAGAGCCUUUUGUGCAAUUACAGGCAGAAAUGAAAAAUGUAAAUAAUACAAUUAAAGACACAAUAAGUGAACCACGCACACAAGCUGAUCUAUCAAGAGAAAAAAAUCUGCAAGGAACAGUAGGAGCACUUGGUCAAAUAAGCAGACAUCCUAAUAUGGCACCCCAUCAUUCAGAAGAAGACUCCUUACUAUUUAAUGGUCAGGUGGAGCAAGUAGACUUAAGCAAUCAGAUUCAGCAGUAUGGAGGGUCUGAAAUAAGUGAUUCCAUGCUCUUUGAGUGUAUUCCAGAUAUUUUAGAUGAUGGACCGCGGGAAUUUUCCCCAUUUUAUUCAAUUUCUCCUGACUUGUGGAGUAUAUCUGAACAUGUGUACAUAAGAAAGUCAGAAUAUGGCAGUCCAGAUGUGCUAAACAGCUGUGACCCCAAUUCACAUGUAUCAAAAACUCCUGAUUUGUACAAGCAAUGUGGCCGACCAUAUAAAGAUGUGUUUGUAUGGCCUGAUACUGCACAUAGCAGUCUGUCCCCCAGGGGUUCUGCCGAGCUGAGCCAAAUAUCAACUGAGGGAAAACACAAUGAAACAUACAUGCAAAAUGCACAUUUACACAAAAAUAAUUCUAUUUUGCAGCCUUGUAUGAAGUGCACAGAGUCAGUAAGCUCCUGCAGCAACAUGGAACAUGUUUGUGAGAAACAUUCUGUUGAUCAUUAUAACAUAGGGUGCAGCCAAGUUAAUGCACCAUCAUCAGCAAUUUCAGUAAAAGGCAUUAAUGAACAUGUUCUGUUAGACAGGUCAGCAUCAGCUAACCUGAUUUUGCAAGAGUGUAUGCCUUACACACAAGAAAAUGAGGAAAAUAUACAAAGAGAUGUGUUCCAGACAACAAAAACACACGCAGAGCCAUUUAUCAAUGAUAAUUCUGCAGCAGAAGUGUUAAACCCUUGCUUACAUCAGGGCAAAGUACCUGGAAAUGCAAAUGAAGAAAACUGGAAUAAUGUCACUUCACCAGCAGAUGGAGAUGUUGGACCUCAUCAUGAAAAUGGGGAAGAGAGCGACCGGGUUUGGAAUGCUGACAAUAUGACAAGAAGAAGUUUAGUUCUUUUUGAUAAGGGGCGAGAUAGUAUCAAGCUUCAGACUGAGGAUCCGGUUAGUUCUAAUGCUGAUGAAGAGGUUCACGGUCAUGGUCCCUGUGAAAGUGUAAACAGAUCUGUAAUGACAGUCACUAAUGUUGCAUUUCAGCAAACAAAGUCUAAUGAAAGGCAUUCAGUGAGCUCUCCAGAUACAUUUCAGUCAAUCUCCAUGACAAAUGUGAAUGAAAAACAAGCUAUUCACCGACCCGAGUGUCAUUCUCUGUACAUAGAAGAGAAAAGUUCUCCUAUUGUGUCUCGAAGGUUGGGAAGUGAAAAGAAAUCUGAAGAAUUUUCUGAACAAGAGCAUAGCUGGAGCAUCAUAUUAAGCCAGAAUGAAGCCUCAGACAGUUCACCUGAAGAUAUAUUUAGCAGGGAGGAAACAGUAGAUACUGGUAAAGGUUUGGAAGAUACCUUUCAACUAGGAUAUUCGUGUGAUAAACAAGGUGGAUAUCAGAUAGACACUGGAGGUCAGGACUAUACAGAGCUCGAGGAAAGCUUUGAAAUGUGCAAGGUUGAAGAAAGGGAUAUCGUUGCACAUGUUUCACAUGAUCUUUUGAAUCUCCAGAGCAUCAGUGUGCACAUUCAGCUGCCUCCUCAAGAUGGCGAGCUUGCUAAAUAUUUAGGAUAUAAAGAAAAGACAGAGAAUGGGUCGAUUCUAGAUGAUGAGGGAAUGGACAUUCCUCUUGAUGCAGCAGAAAUACGACCUGAACCUCCAAAUUCCUUGGAUUUAAAUGGCUCCAGCACCAGAAAAAUAAAGCUUACUGCUCCCAAUAUCAACCUAUCUCUGGACCACAGUGAAGGAUCAAUCCUAUCUGAUGACAAUCUUGAUACCCCAGAUGAGCUUGACAUUAAUGUUGAUGAUCUUGACACUCCAGAUGAAGCAGACUCCUUUGACUACACAGGCCAGGAUGACCAACCUGCACUUGGGGAAGCCGUACAGGAGGAUUUUGAAUCUAUACAAGAGUACACAGCAGAAGAGGAAAGAGCUGAUAACAGACUAUGGAGGACAGUUGUCAUUGGAGAGCAAGAGCAGAGGAUUGAUAUGAAGGUCAUUGAACCAUACAAAAAAGUUAUAUCUCAUGGAGGUUACUAUGGUGAAGGUGUAAAUGCCAUCAUUGUGUUCGCUGCAUGCUUUUUGCCUGAUAGCAGCCGUCCAGACUACAAUUAUGUCAUGGAAAACCUUUUCCUCUAUGUGAUAAGCACAUUGGAGCUUAUGGUGGCAGAAGACUAUAUGGUUGUCUAUUUGAAUGGUGCUACACCAAGAAGAAAAAUGCCUGGUUUAGGAUGGAUGAAGAAAUGCUACCAGAUGAUUGAUCGGCGGUUACGGAAGAAUUUAAAGUCUUUUAUAAUUGUUCACCCAUCGUGGUUUAUCAGGACAAUAUUAGCACUGACAAGACCUUUUAUCAGCUCCAAAUUUAGCAGCAAGAUAAAGUAUGUGUCCACUUUAGCAGAGCUCAGCGAAUUGAUUCCAAUGGAAUAUGUGCACAUUCCAGAGACUAUUGUGAAGUAUGAAGAAUCAAGAUGUUUUCCAAGAACUGUGAGACUGGAUGAAGAAUUGAGAGAAAGUGAAUCUCCCAAAGCUGGCUGUCUUCCCAAUGAACCUGAAAUGAAUACCUUGGAGGAGGAAUUUGAAAACAAGAUGGGAGACAACGCCUAAAGCCAUGGGAAAGAGGAAAAUGAAACGUUUUCUUCUGCAAAAUAAUUAUUUAGAAAUAACAAUAUAUGAUAAUGAUUUUAUUUUUUAUUUAUUCUGUGGACUUAUAAAUCAAGCCUCCUUAUGUAUAUUAUUUUUUUAAAGCGUGUAAUUUAAUAACAGAUCGCAGUGAGGAGAUCUCUUUAACCUUCAACAGCAACAGCCUGUUAUGUUAUUAGAAUUAUUACAAACUGUAGAAUAUUAGAAUGGCGUGCACCUGCUAAAACAUGAUGCCUUUUCAGCAUGCUCAUUAAGAUCACAAUAUCAGCUCUAUGUCUGUGCAAAGGUUAACCUAAAGCUUAUAAAGUCAUGUGCAAACUGUGUGCAAGCAAAUGUAUUCAAAAUGUUCUAUGUAGUCUUCAUUUCAUUUAUUCUGGAUGAAAAAGAUAGAAUAGUAUGUUUACUCAAAGGGGACCUAUCACCCAGACAUAAAAAGCUGUAUAAUAAAGUCCUUUGCUGAAUAAACCGGAAACCCCAUAUUUAAAAUUCUUAGCUGUCAAUGAUAUAUUGCCUGUUCUGCCUCUAUGCCUCAGGCCGGGGUUGGCACUUACUUUCCGUUAUGCACUUCCUUAAUGUCACUGCACUCCUCAUAUUCCCCUAUCCUCCUCAAGUUCUAUAACUGGGUAACCAGUGCAAGGUUACACAAUUUUAAAAUGUUGUUUAUGCACCAAAAUAGGAGACCAGUUGCAGUCCCGGAUUCUUGUGCAUUCAAAGAUUUUGGUGUAAUGCAAAGCUUGCCUUAAUAUCAGUGCCCACAUAAUGGCACCUGUCUGCUUGCUGUAAUUGUGAAUUCCAAGACUGAAGGAAACAAGAUUUAAAAAAUUCCUAUAUUGUAAGGAAAGUUUAUUUUGCUUGACAAACAAAAUAGAAAAGAAUAUGUAAUUAUUUCCUUGGGUGAAAGGUCCUCUUUAAUUUGGCUCUCUUGCCUUUUCAAGUAGCAGGGAACCAAAUCAAUAUAAAAGGUAGACUCUGAAAAAAAGGGUUUCAUUAUAUUAUAUAAUUGUAAUUAUUGAUUGUUGGGCUGAAUAACUAUUGAAUUAAAUGCUUCUCUAAUGUUAAUUAUUUUGUACUAAUGCAUUUAACUAUGCAGUUGGUUUUUAGUUUUCCCUUUGUAUUUUGCCUGCCUCCAAGCUGGCAUUGAAAUGACCAUCUGAUGUGUGUGUGCUUUUUCUGUUGUAUGUUCCUAGUCAGCCCCCACCCCCCAGUCAGUCACCCCACCACUUUUUAUAAAGUAAUUAUCUUUCUGGAACCUUUAAACAACAGGACAAGUUAAAUGAUAAUAAAAAAUAAAUCUUUCAUAGUUUAGAUUACUACGGACUAUAGGUUAUUUAAAAUUAAUUUACAGGUAUGAGCUUCUUUUCGUUUCAUCAUCAACUCUAUUGUCGAAUUAGUAUAUAACAUUAAGGACUCUGGCACUUGGUGUGUAAACUCUCCUUUAAUUUGGUAUUAGAGAACAUGGGCUGAACAGUACUGUGCCUGAACUUGCAUAUGUUUACCAUACAACUGAAUGAAAGGUUUCAGUUUUUGGCGUAUAUCUGCCAACUGGAAUGAGACGCUGGAGAACAGGUCUAGUAUGCCUUCAGCCAUUACUUUUAUAUUCUACUCCUUGACUAGAUAGUUGAAGAUGAUGCAGUAUUAAAAUAAUAAAAGGAGCAUUUACCUGUAGAUUCAUUUGAAGGGGUGUUUCACCAAAUACUGUUAGUUAUAUUACCUUUAAAGAAAUAAAAUUGAAAAAUAAUCGUUUUUAUUAUAAUGAUCCACAAUAAUGUGGUUCUUGGCAGGUCGGGGCUCAGGGUUGUUUUAGUUGAAAAUAGGCUGACAAGAUGCAGUAAGAAAAAAUUGGUUCUGUUUGCAAGAGCAAAAAACAUUUGCAUCUGGAACUCCAGUGAGUGACAAAGAACCCCAAAUUACCUUUUGAUGCAAAACAAGUACCACAAAAAAUAUACAAAAAUAGUAUCAAUAUAUCCUUAUAAAUCAGUGGUGUAUGGGACGACUUGCUGUUGUGGCCCUAACCGGGUACCAUUGGUAUCUAAAGACUUGCAAACUGACGUGCCCAUCUCUGACGUCACUGAAAAGGGGGUUGAGAGGAGAAGGCACUGGCCUAUAAAUACACCCUGCUGAAGACAGAACUAGGGCAUAUUAAAGCCAUGGUGUGGUCAUAUGGUAAAGUUUGGCAAGAACCCACCCGCGACAAAGUAUGUUUGGAUGCCAGCCCUAACCCUCCUGACCUAUGGGUUUAACACCAGCCUACACAUCACUAUUAUAAAUGAUGCUUAGCUAUAUUAUUGCCUAUAGUUUCUGCUUAGCAAAGUAACAUGACUUAUUCAAAUUUAUGUAAAGAACAGACAUAUUGGAAAUCUUCUAGUAGUUCCAUGACAUGCAUAAAAGCAGCUUCCGCCCUAGUGCUUCAUCAUGGACAUCAUCAGAGAUUUCAAACUUACACGUGGUUAAAUCUCAUUUUAUUUUUUAGUAUGUACACUUAUAUAUUCAUCAAUAUGGCAGCCACUCCCAGGGCUUGUUUAAUGGCAUACUGCUAAGUAGACAAGAAUCUUAAAUCCAUUUUCUAAACAUAACAUACAACUUGAUCCCUUAUGAAUUAUAAUCUACCAAAAUCUUUUUAAAACCAUUACUUUAAAACGAGUCUAGUGUGUGUGUGUGUGUAUUAAGAACUGAAUUCUCCUACACUGUAAGGUAUCUGAUGUAUUGGUUGAUUGGUUUACUUGUUCUACUAAGCUGGGUUUGGCUAUUAGUUCUCUAGGUAAGACUUUGACCUUACGGACUGCAGCAUUAAAAACAAGAUAUGUUUACAAAAUGCUUAAUGUUGUAAUUUUCUUGUAAUAAACUGAACUUAAAUAAUUGGUAAAUAAUGACUUGCCUUGUAAGGGCUUCUCACAUGUCAGCCAGAGUCUGCUUUUCGUAGUGGGCAGAUUUAUUAUGCAACGUAAAAUAGGGUGACAAAAUUUGCCACACAUUGCAGGGUUCCCCACGAAAAACAGUAUGUAAAAUCAGAAUCAUUUUUGACUAAUUUCUUCUUCCACCAGAACUUAAAUAAAAUAACGGCGUAAAAUCUGGCAUUUCACACAGCAUAAUAAAUAGGCCCCUAAGUGUGUCUGCCAUGUAGUGUGGCUCUGUACAUCCACUUCAAGGCAACACAUAACUCAGUUCAAUACUGAUUACUUUUUUCUGCGCUAACAGAUAUUUGGGAGACAAUGAUCUGCGUUGUCAUGCGCUGAACACAUAUAAAAGCUCUGUAUGAUGAGUGCAUUUUAAAAAAACAGACCCUGACUGCCAUGUGUAUGUAGCCUCAAAGUAUUGUGUUUGUAUUGCAAUCCAAAACUGCCAUAUGUACCCAUAAUAUUCUAACUUCCUCUAGUCACAAUGUUGCUAAAUUCAUUGUAAAUCUUCCCUUUACAUCAGAAGGUAAUUAAAGAGAUGUCCUUGAGAAAAACAA